GGCAGCGUGCCGUUUCCAUAGAGAAAUCGACGCCUGGACAUGUGGCGAAGUUGACAGCGCACCGGAGUUUGAAUCCGCCGAGAACCAUAGUCGAAGCCGGUUGGAUUUUUCCUUUAUCAUUUUCUCUUAUCUCGACGACGCGCAUAUUUGUUAUUAAAUUUAUUCUUAGACCAUUUAUUAUUGCCAAGCAAUAAACAUAGCAGUCGAUUCAGUCGACAGUAUCGCUUGUGCGUGAAUGGUCGGUCGAUCGGCGAACGUUCCUCGAGGUCCGCGGCGACCGUGAAAGUGAAACAGAAGAAAUAAUACGGAGUAUCCACUGCUCUGGUGGCAUUUCGUUGGUGCUUUUUACAUAUGUAUUCGCAACAGUACAUGUGUUAGUUUGGAUAAUUAAGUCAGUGACGUGUGUGUGAGUGUAGUAAGUACGUAGUUUUGCGAUGGUACAACUUAACAUACGGUUAACAUGUACCAUAACACGUAUCACGCAAUAACAAGAGUGCCUGCCGAUGGACGUCGGCGAAGAAGUGGAAUGCCUUUGGCGUGGAUGUGACUAGAGAUGAACAGUUAUUGGCGCGGUUCGCGAAAGAGAAGACUCGAAGAAUGUUCUUAGUAAUUUUUCCGCAUAGUUCGAUGAUCGCCGCAUUCUUGAUCCGUAUUUAAUAGUAUCCUCCGAUCUAUUUAAAAGCUCUUCGUUGUUGUCGCUGUAUGCGGUAGUUGCGCGUAUUUUAAUGAGUACCCUAUUGCAUCUUCCUGCUGCCUGCUGCUGCCGAACGUCCAACUCGCGUGUGUGAGCGUUUGUUUGUGUCUGUUGUUGUUUGUUGUUACCGUUGUGUGACCGUGUGAAUGACUCUUGCCAUGGACGACAUUGCAUUCAGCGACUGGCCCGGUCAACCUGUGGAUUUGUCGGGAACCAACUCCUGGCUGCCCGCCUACGGUUUUCAACCUUCGCACGCGCUCCUCGAGCAGGAUUUUAUCGGAAAUCCAGAUGCCGAUCUUUUCUUGCACGGAAACGCCAGUCAACACUACAUGUACCUGGAGACUAUCCAAGAAGAGACCUCGGACGACCUGAGGUCAGACAGCGAUUUGUCCGAUUCAAGAGCGUCGCCCGCAGGAUGGCUCGCUACCGAUUCCGAAACCGGUUCCGUCAUACAACUCGACCGAAUCACAUUACAGGAGAUUGAUAGCGGUUCGGAAAGGGACCUCGCGUGUCCAGCAAAACGUCGUCGGGAAGAAGUGACGGUUGCUUGCAGUGACGACGAAUCUUUGAGCCGUUCGAGUAGCCUUCUUCAAUUCGAAACGCUUGAGAAACAAUGCCAGGACAUCAGCAGUAGUUCUCCUAGUAUUCUUUCCUCGUUUAGUUUCGACUCUCUCGAACGUAAGAAUGUGGACAACGUGAGUCCUGACAGCCUCGAUCGCGUCCACAGUGACGGCGAACCCGAGUGCGACUUUUACAAAACAUUCAAAAUUGACUUGCCAACCACCAACAAUAACCACAAAAGAAAACAGCGGAACGGUUUCGUGUACAAUAGCGACUCGUCUAGUGAUUCGUCGGAUAGCAGCAGAACCCUAGAGAUUCUGAGAUACGACAGCUGUAAAUCCAUGAACAGACUUUCCAGGAGUUUCGAAAAUCUGAAUUUUUCUUCACAAAAAUCGCCCAAAGAAAAACUGUCCACCGAAAACCUAAGCGAAGACAGCGGCUACAGCGAUCACUUGACCAGCUUCAUGAAACUCAAAUCGAGCAGUAUCUCAAAUUUGGACUCCAGUCCUGACAGAACCCCGGAAAAGGAACAUAGUCACAAAGUAUUUUGGAAUUCGGGCAAGUCAUCGAACGUGAAGAUUUCCGGUUAUGACAAGUACCAUUUCCAAGAACAGAACUUUGCGAGCAAUUUUGGAUCUAGUUGCCAAGACUUGACGGUAUUAGAUAAGUAUGAAUUCGGUAGUCCGUUGAUCGAACGUUUCGCGAAACGACGUCUCGCGAAAUCCGACCUUUUCAAUCGGACCAACACCGUCGCGGCGCGUCCUGAUACGUCAUUAAAUUUAGAAAAGACAGCGUCGGUACGCACUAAAUAUAAACACGAGACGUCUGCGAGCGAACCCAACUUGCUUCGUUCGGUCAGUUGCACGUCCGACAGUAUCGUAAGAGAGCUCAUUCCAGACGAACAAAGUGGCUAUUUUGAGAGCAGUGUUUGUGUUUCUAGUGUGCCCAAGGACCUGAAUUUAGUUGGCGAAUUGAAAGAAAGAAACAAUUGGACCAUCGGAUUUUCAACGGCUCCGCAUUCAAUCGCUGCUCAAAAUUGGGAUAUUGCCGAUUUAAAAAACUCUGACGAUGACAAAGGGAACACUCCUGUGAAAGAAACGACCAAAUUGCAACCGUUAGAUUUUCAACUCGAUCCUCACGUUCCAGAAUUAUACUACGACAUGUCGUACAAACGGGAAGGUAGUUACCUCAAGGCUAUGCAAAACAGGGUAGAUUUCAGUGACGACGAAGAACCCUUGCCGAAAAAUGUCCGUCAUAGCGCCAUUGUGGAAUUCGACAGAAGGGUUCUCAAAACCAUAUCCGAAACGAGUUUACGGAGUCUCACUGACAGUAAUCCUAAACUGAACAUGCCUUUUACACCCGCUUCCAUUUCCACCCAGCAACGGAAUGUCAAAAGUACGCCAAAUCUUGCUGAAUGCAACAAUAUAUCCAAGCGUGAGGAUGUGACCCAAUCGUCUCAGAAUAUUGCCAGGAAAAGUUCGCUAGUCGAUCAGAGUUCUAACACGUCAGACGAAAGAACCUUAACGUCUGCCAAAUCCUACAGCGGUUCUACGAAUUCCAAAGGAGUCCACUUUUGUCCGGUUGUAUCCGAAGUGAACUGGCGCGAUCAAAGCGAAUCAAGAACGACAAGCACGGAAAAGGAUUCAACCUAUUCGUUGUCCAGCAGCACCCCGGAAUUGGACAACGAAGAUGGCCAGAGGAACAGAGAUUCGCUUUGCAUAAUGAAACCAAUCGCGGUUCGCGCAACCCCCAAAGAGAAACAGCAUUCAGUCAGUGAACCUGACUUGCUCGAAAAUGAGGAACGAAAAGAGAUAUUAAUGCAUAUGAGAGAACUUCUCGACUUUCCUGCGAAAAAUACACCUCGAAGUGCGGUCAGCCAACCCAACUUGACCAUGAUGAAGAGACGGACGAGCGUUAUUCAAAAAGAAGUGGAUGGCACCCUCGUCCGUGCCUACAUCGACACCGAUGGCAUCGCAUACCGCCAUACACAUUUGGUCGAUGGUUCUCAACAAUCGCUCCCUUCCACCUCGCCGAGCGGUCACGUGAACUCCUUCAUGCCUCGGCACCAACACUACCAGCAGUCCGACAAGAGAGAGAGUGAGAAUGUUUACGCAGCGAAACCAGUUUCUACCAUGGAAUCGGUAGCGAAGCAUCGGGAUUCCACAAGCAAGUCUUCACGCGCGAGCGGCAAGCUCGGUGGCUUCUUUUCACGCAUCGCGAGUUUCAGAUUUUCAAACCGAAAAAAUGACAAGAAAAAACACCAGCAGCAACACCAACAACCAAAGUCAUCGGAUCCUUCGAAAGUCGCGCACGCCAACCAAAAGGUUGCUCGCAAAGAGGAUUACAUAUAUAUUCCUCUCAAAGGACCUGACGGCGAGAAUAAGAAAACAGCGCGCAAAGACAACAAUGGUGUUGCGAAGACAUCUACCGACGAGGUGGUACAGGUGGUGAACGAGACCGCGUGUAUUGUCAGCGCAAAACCUCCCUUACCGAAAUUGCCGCCGCGGGUUGUCGGCGCAAGCGUAAAAAGACGUGCAGAGACAUCCGCGACGCCGACGCACGUCAACGACGCCGCUUCGGACAGCCGGACUAUUGAUUCAGGGGACGCGCUUCCCCGGCCCAUGGAACCCAUGGGGUUAAUCGAGACGGACCUCGAUACCGAGGUGACGGUGAUAACAAGCGGGGCCCAUGCCAAGACAAGGAGCCUGAUGAACUUGGGGGCCGACGCGCCCCCUCGCACCCUCGCGGCGCCACAGCAUCCCGCCAGGCCGCACAAGUCCAUGGAGUUCCUGCUGGACAAACAGAACCUGAAGGUCGUCGAGCCCCCUGAAAACGAACUUCAAAAAGGUGAACGUGUAAUGUCCGAACACCAGCUUCGUAUUCAACGUUCCCUUCAAAAAUUAACCAUCCCAGAAUGGUACAAACAAUCCGAAGUGCCCCAAGAAGGUUUUUUGCUUCGCAAGAACAGCAAUAACGCCCGAGAACGAUGGACGGGUACCGCGAGCAGAACUCCCUCCCUAACCAGUAUAGGUUCCAACGUCCAAAGUCCUGUAAUCAUCAGUCCCACGCCACAAAACCAACCUUUUGUCCGAUGGUCGACAUCUAAAAUUAAUUCGACCGCAUCAUCUCCAUGUGCCUCCACUAGAAGUAGCUUUAAUGCGAGACAACCCAAUGGAUCCAUUUCUCCUUGUUCAAUACGAAGCAGCUUUAGUUACAGACAACCGUAUAUGGGCUGGAGGUCGCAGGAACGCUUGUCAAGGCCCAGGACGCCUGCGGAGCGCCUAGCAAGUUCAUUAUUGUCCCAUUCGAAUCAACAUAACGAAGUUCAACAGCAAGGAAGUCCAGAAAUCCAAACUUCCAUAAAAGAAGUCACUUCGGCCAUUGUUCAUUAUGUAAGUGGUCUUAGACCUGACGAGGGUACUGAAGGCAGUUCAAAGAGCGUUUCUGCCAGUCCGAGAGGCAGUCAAAAGCUAUGCUGGUUAGAGAGUUCGUUUGUGGGAACGCGUCCCCUUGACUCUCCUCAGACACCCGUUACUCUGACGGAAAGUCACGCGUCAACCUCUGGGGCUUCUUCUAGUCUACGGCUUGAUUUGCACAGUACACACAAUGGUGAGUCUGUCCAUGCCUAGCAAUGAGCAGCAUUUUGUACAUUAUGUAAGUUUUAAUUAGUUUAAUGCAGUAUUUAUUUGCUGCACUGACGGUCAGGAGUCUAUUUUUAAAAGCUUUUGCUUAAAUUGUGCUACGGAUUUAUUUUAUUAAAAGAUUUUAGUUGAAUAAUGUGUGCUCCCAUUCAAUAAUAGAUUUCCAAUGUUCUACUACAAUACAUGAUUAAGAAAUUUUAUAACUUUUAUGUGCUGUUAUUGCGUGCUAAAUUUUUAAGAUUCAGUAGCAGUUGUUAGAGAUAAGUGAAUGCUAUAAAAUGUUUUUGAUAUUGCUUGUCAAAUUUAAUUAUUUUAUUGUGAUAAUAGAUAUUAUAAUGUACAAUAGAAUAUACUGAAAGUCAGUUAAGUACCAAGAAUUUGAAAAACAUAUCGUACUACAGAUAUCUAACUGGAUGCUACUUAAAUUAGGUAGAUAAUUGUUUUUAUUGUUAAUUAACUAUUUUAAUUGAAGACCUCUGACCGUUAAAGUGUACGCUCUCUAACGUGGUGCUAUUUGUGUAUAAAGAAAGCUCUUGUAACUAUAGCUCGUUUGCACAGACUGAAGUUUUUUAAAUAAGUACAAAAUGGCUUGCAUCAAAUGUCACCGCAUGGUUUACUACAUCGUAAAUUGUGAAGGUUCUGAUAUUUUCAAAGCCGAAAUGAAUUUAAAAAGAGAAAACCGUCGACUGUAAGCAGAACUGUUGUAUUUUUACGAUAAGUCCUCCGUUAGUGUCCAAUUACUUAUUGUACUUAUGGACUUUUAAGUUAUAAAUAUCAACGAUAUUAUAUAGAUAUUUUGUCUAAUUGCUUCUUUAUCCAGUUUUAAUGUGUUUCUUCUUGAUUUGUUAUAGUGCUAGUUGCUGCAUUUAUUUUUUUUUUAUAUAGGUUGACUGGUAAAUGCUAUUUUUAUUUUAUUUUAUUUUUUAGAUUUAAUUACUUGUAUGUAUGCACCAUUCGUACGUCUUGCAUGUACUUUCCCUAUAUCAUUUAGACAAUAAAUUGUUUAAUUUUUA